UUAAUGAGUGCGAACCACGAUCCAGAAAAUCCUGUAAUUCUUGAAUAUGGACGAAGAAUCAGACUAUGAAGAGGAGGAAUUUUUAAUAUUCGCUGACUUUAAAAAUCAGCUAGGUUCUCUUGAACUGGAUGAAAACAUUCCAGUUAAAAUAAUUGGUCUGGACAGUGAUCCAGUUGCUGAAGUAAAUGGAAAUAUAUUUAAAGGAAGCUUUGAUAACCCAAUGGGAACGUGUGUGUUCUUUGAGAAAGAUCCAGACGCCACACCGUCAGAUCCGUUGUUUGAAACUACUUGUCGACAAAAAUAUAAAUAUUUCGCCAAAACUAGUAAAAUAAUAUAUUUUGAACGUGUCUUUGCCGAAAGUAAAGAAUGUGAACGGAUGGAUGAUACGCCUGAUGCUGAUAACAAAAAAGCGUCUCUCGAAAAAGGCGAUACCGGCAUAAAUCAAGACAGACAUGAAAGACCAUUUGCGGAGGUUAAUCUUCAAAUAAAUAUGUCUUACGACGAAGCUAUAAGAAAAUUUCAAUCGUUCGAUGAUAUUCUAAACUGUUGAAUCCCUAGCCAGAAUGGAAGAAAUACUAGGCCAAGAGAUGCAGCCGCCAAUUUCUUUAAAGGAAUUCUUAGCAGAUUGGAAA